GAUGGCGGAUGAAUGGCUGGCGAGGCAGGCGGACCGUCAGACAGAUGGGAGUUGCGGGGAGAAAUAAAUAAUGCCACUGGAGGUGUUCGAGAAAAGGAGAAGGAAGAAGGAGAGAGAGAGAGAGAGAGAGAGAGAGAGAGAGAGAGAGAGAGGAAAAAUUAUAAUAAAGACAGAGAAGAGGAAGAGGGAGAGGAGAGGAUUUGAAUGCCCAGGGAGGAGGGACAGAUGAAAAGAUAGUGGCGAGUGGAGACAGAAGAGGCAGGGAGCGAUGGAUGAGCAGAUUUAGAGGGCAGGAGAUGAGAGGAGAGAUAAAAGCAUGGAGGAAGAGAAGGAGGGAGGGAGCGGGCUGCUGCGGCGUACAAUGUUUACAUGCACCGAAACGUUGUUCAACAUGUCUGCCUAUGUCAUUAACCGGAGCUACUCAACAUGUACACAAGGCGGAUGAUGACACUUGCAGGUGAAGAUGCCUGCUAAUGGGAACCGCCCCUUGAAGUUGCAGUUUGGUCUGAUCAACCACGACUCUCGCUACCUUACUGCUGAGAGCUUUGGCUUCAAGGUGAAUGCAUCGGCCCCCAGCCUGAAGAAGAAGCAGAUAUGGACUCUUGAGCAGGACUCCCAGGACACCCAGGUAGUCUUCUUGCGCAGCCACCUGGGCCGCUACCUGGCCUCCGACAAGGAUGGCAAGGUCACCUGCGAGGCAGACGGGCACAACUCAGACUGCCGUUUCCUCAUCGUGGCUCAGUCUGAUGGUCGCUGGGCCCUGCAGUCUGAGCAGCACCUGCGCUUCUUCGGCGGCUCUCGGGACUACCUGUCCUGCUUUGCGCAGAUAAUCACAGAUGCUGAGCUGUGGGCAGUGCACCUGGCUCUACAUCCGCAGGCCAACCUGCUGUCUGUGGCCCGCAAGCGUUACGCCCACCUCUCCGCAGACGAUGGGGAGAUUGCCGUGGAUAUGAACAUUCCCUGGGGCGUGGCAGCACUCCUCACCCUCGUCUACCUGGAUGGGAAGUACUGCCUAAAGACCUGCGACAGCCGCUUCCUCAGCAAUGAUGGAAAGCUCCUGACACAGAGUGGAAGGGCCACUGCGUACACGCUAGAGCUGAAGUGUGGGAAGCUGGCCUUUAAAGACUGCGAGGGGAAGUAUUUGUCUCCUAUGGGGCCUACGGGCACCCUGAGGUCUGGACGCUGCUCCAAGCCGGGCAAAGAUGAACUGUUUGACCUGGAGGAGAGCCACCCACAGGUGGUUCUGAUGGCAGCCAACGGGCGAUAUGUCUCCCUAAGACAAGGAGUCAGCCUCGCAGCCAAUCAGGAAGAUGAGACGGACAUGGAGACGUUUCAGAUGGAGAUUGACAAGGAGACCAGGAAGUGCACGUUUCGCUCCAGCCAAGGGAACUACUGGGCCCUGGUGGCCCAUGGAGGCAUCCAGAGCUCUGCCACUGAAGUGUCAGCAAGCACCAUGUUUGCAGUGGAGUGGCUUGACCACAAGGUGGCACUAAAAGCUAACAAUGGAAAAUACAUCUGCAUCAAGAAGAAUGGCCAACUCCUUGCUGUCAGUGACUCAAUAGGUGAGGACGAGCAGCUCACUCUGAAACUGAUCAACCGGCCCAUGCUGAUCCUGAGAGGAGAGAACGGCUUCAUCUGCCACCACAAGAACUCCAACGCUCUGGACGCCAGCAGAUCAGUCUAUGACAUUUUCACCCUGCAGUUCAGUAACGGGGUGUACAACAUUAAAGGUGUGGACGGCCGGUUCUGGUACGUGAACAGCGCCGGGCUAGUGUGCUCGGACGGCGAGGCCCCUGAGGACUUCAGUCUGGAGCUCCUUGAGCACGGCCGCCUCGCCAUCCGAUGUAAGAAUGGCAAAUACCUGCGUGGGGACCAGGGAGGCACGCUGAAGGGAGACGGACACAGCCUGAGCAGCUCAGCGCUGUGGGAGUAUUGACACGAUCCAACACUGGCUCAAACCUGAGGCCCAGCUCUGACACCAUUAAUCAUCACUUUAGCAUCUGAAGUUAAACUUAUUGACGUUUCAUUCCAUGCUUUUCCUUGUUCCUGUUGGAAAGAAGCCGCAGCAGAAAGAAGAGCCGAGAGGCGUCUUGAUUAAGGGAUCCAUGUUUUGAGAAAGGGCUUGAUCUCAAAACAAAAAGUGCUGCGACUGAACAUUUGAGUCUUUGUGUCAUUCCCUUUCCCAGUGAACGUUUGCUGCAAGAUUAAAGAGAUUAAAUGAAUGUCUGAAACAAAAGAAUUAAGGACGUAUAGCGUAUAAGCAUCAGUGUGACAUACAACCAUGUUUUCAGGGUUUGUCUCCCGCAGGGGUCAGUCCUCCAGUCUAGUCUAACAGGUACAGUGACUCAGGGAGACACCUGAGACAGACACAGUCACCACUGGGAGUGAGCUCAUCUUUUUCAAGCUGCCUCUGAUGUUUAUCAGCAGACAGGAUAUAGUUGUCACCUUUAGUAACAGAAACCAACACUGUAAUCAAGACUAAUGUACUGUACAUGUUAUCAGUAGUAUUAUUAUCAUUUCAGGCUGCAAGUAGGUGGAUUUUUUUAAAUUGUAUUAGUCCCUCUGUCAUGUUCUACAUUUCCUCUGUCUAUUAUGAACAUGGAGAUAAAGAAAUAAACUUGUAUGACUGAGUAUGUUGGGUUUGAAAUGCUCCUUUUCUUUGAUUACAGGAAAACAA